GGGGGGCAGGGGUCGAGAUCUUUGGGGGCCGCGUCGCGCUAAAAGAAAAAGACGUCGGAGGAGAGAGGAGGGCGCCUCGAGAGAGGUCCAGGGAUCCCAGCGUGCAUCGUCUUUCGCCGCCCCCCCUGGCAUCGGUCGGACGCGCGCAUGUUCGCUGAUUCGGCCAGCGCCCCAAAAUCUGGACCACUUUGGAGCAUUUCGGAUCUCCUUGAUGAAGACAAGACGCACGAAACCAAGUGGCGCACGGGGAAUGAGCGACUGAGCGAUGGAAAGCCCCAGGACGGUCCUGCACGCCAAGAGGCGCAUACACGAAUGCCUCACGGUCCUCGGCAUCAUGCACCAGCGGCGGGACCAGGAGGUCGCGGCGCCCGGGGCCCAGCGCGCCGACGAGAUGCAUUGCGCGAUGGUCAUGCUGAACUCGGGCCUCCUGAAGGCGCUGCACGUCACCGACAGCUUCCACGCGCACUGCCACCGCGAGUGCCCCGAGCUCGGCGCCCUACUGGACGGCGGCGACCCGCCUGCUGCGGAGGAGGCCGCGGCCGCACAUGGCGACCCCGACGAGGGCCUGGCCAGCGAGCGGUACCGGCAACUUCAGGCCGAGUGCGUGUGCAGAGCGGAGCUGCUGCGCUCGCUGGACGCGCGCCACCGCGACGACGAGACGCGCGCGAAGCGCCUGGAGGACGAGUGCCGCGGCUUGCGUGCGCGGCUGGGGCAGGCCGCCUACGCAGGGGGCGGCCUCCCGCCGGCGAGCCGGCCGGGCACGAGCUGCGGCGUGGCUGUGCAGCGCUGCGCCGAGGGCGGGGUCGUCGUGCUCGAGCCUGAGCUGGGGCGCCUGGCGGCCUCCUCCAAAAGCUGGAGGAGGGCUGGGCGGAGGCCCGGGAGCAGGUGGAGCAGCUGCGCGCCUCGUCGGAGGCCGCCCGGCGCGGCGCCGAGAGCGCGGCGGAGGAGCGGCGCGAGCUGCGGGAGCUGCUCGGCGCGGGCGAGGAGGGGCUCCAGGACGCGGUGGCCCAGCUGCUGCAGGAC